AGAUGCGAAAAACUGCUGUCGAAGAAUUGCUACAAGAAAAGAAAACGAGUGAAAAUUGCAGCUCCGCGUUUUUAUUGCGUUAGUAAUCUGCUGGAAAACAACGUAAAGGUGAUCAGUUUUCGCGUAACUGUAGGUAUUUGUUGCACUGUGGCACGCGUUUAUUGGUUUCAAGGAAACAAAAGGUUGGAAAGGUUACAAACGGCAGAGUAGGAAUUCAGAAAAUUGUUGCUGAAUAGUGCAAAAUGGAAGCUCUCAUACCGGUGGUGAACAAGCUACAGGAUGUGUUCAACACGGUUGGCUCGGAUGCCAUUCAGCUGCCACAGAUUGUUGUUCUUGGUAGUCAGAGCUCGGGCAAAAGCUCCGUCAUCGAAAGUCUUGUGGGAAGAACGUUUCUGCCUCGAGGAACCGGAAUAGUGACCCGUCGACCGCUGAUUCUGCAAUUGGUUUAUACGCCACUUGAUGACCGAGAGCACCGUUCGCCGGACACGGGUACAGUGAACGUUGAAGAGUGGGGUCGCUUCUUGCAUAUAAAGAACAAAAUCUUCACUGAUUUUGAUGAUAUCCGAGGUGAGAUUGAAAGUGAGACGGAUCGUAUGGCAGGUGACAACAAGGGAAUAUGUCCGGAACCGAUCAAUUUGAAAAUUUAUUCGACAAAAGUGGUAAACUUGACGUUAGUCGAUUUGCCGGGAAUAACAAAGGUUCCUGUCGGGGAUCAACCUGAAGAUAUAGAAGCACAGAUCAAAGACUUACUGGUUCAGUAUAUUGAAAAUCCAAACUCCAUUAUUCUGGCCGUUACGGCAGCCAACACAGAUAUGGCGACUAGCGAGUCGCUCAAGAUGGCAAAGGAAGUAGAUCCGGAUGGUCGAAGAACGUUGGCAGUGUUGACGAAACUUGAUUUGAUGGAUGCUGGCACGGAUGCAAUCGAUAUUCUUUGCGGCAGGGUUAUUCCGGUAAAAUUAGGAAUCAUCGGAGUGGUUAACCGAUCUCAGCAGGCAAUUAAUGACAAAAAAGCUAUUGAAGAACAGCUUCGGGAUGAGGCAGCGUAUCUACAGAGAAAGUAUCCUACACUGGCUACCCGCAAUGGAACACCUUAUCUAGCGAAAACGUUGAACCGACUGCUGAUGCACCACAUUCGGGACUGUCUGCCAGAUUUGAAAACCCGCGUGAACGUUAUGGCAUCGCAAUUCCAAUCGCUGUUGAAUUCCUACGGUGAAGAUGUGACCGAUAAGAGCCAGUGUUUGCUGCAAAUAAUUACUAAAUUCGCUUCCGCGUACUGUUCCACGAUUGAGGGAACUUCACGGAACAUCGAAACAACCGAGCUUUGCGGUGGUGCUCGGAUUUGUUAUAUUUUCCAUGAAACGUUCGGAAAGACACUGGACUCGAUACACCCCUUGACUGGUUUGACCAAGAUGGAUAUUCUGACGGCCAUCCGUAAUGCGACCGGUCCACGGCCAGCUCUUUUUGUACCGGAAGUCAGUUUCGAGCUGCUGGUGAAGCGCCAAAUCAGACGACUGGAAGAACCGUCGCUUCGCUGUGUAGAACUAAUUCACGAGGAAAUGCAGCGUAUUAUUCAGCACUGCGGAACUGAGGUCCAACAAGAGAUGCUUCGAUUUCCCAAGUUACAUGAAAAGAUUGUCGACGUCGUAACACAGCUGCUUCGACGACGUUUGCCUACAACCAAUUCGAUGGUUGAGCAUCUCGUUCAGAUAGAGCUGGCUUACAUUAACACAAAACAUCCCGAUUUUCACAAGGAUGCCGCAUUGGUACCCAGUCUGCUGAAGGCUGAUAUGCAGGAUCAGUGGGCACAUUUACAUCAAACUGGAAAUCCACCGAGCCGUCGAACCCGGCCCGCCCCGCAAGCAGUCGCCCCGGUUCAGCAGGCUAUGGAACCGAUCGAUUCGAAUCAUGUCAGCGAAAUGACAUCCAGCUGGUUGUCCAACAUUUUACCGCCACCAGUUGGGCAUACUCCUCCGGGAAUUCCUGGUGGGUUACAUUCUUCGGAAAGUGCCGAAUCCUCUUCGACAAACACGCCAACCCACGGAGUGUUGAGUCCUACAAAACCAGUCAAUCUGCUACCGGAUGUUCCAAUUAAUCAUUCGUCUCGUAAACUAACCGAUAAGGAACAGAAGGAUUGCGAUGUUAUUGAACGUCUCAUCAAAUCCUACUUCUACAUUGUGCGCAAGUCUAUCCAGGACUCUGUACCAAAAGCCAUUAUGCAUUUCCUUGUCAAUUUUGUCAAGGACAAUCUGCAGUCGGAGCUGGUGACGCAUUUGUACAAAUCAGAUUCAGCCAAUGAGUUACUGAACGAAUCGGAUCACAUCUCGAUCCGUCGUAAGGAGGCCAGUGAUAUGCUAAAGGCUCUGACACGCGCCAAUCAUAUUAUAAGCGAGAUUCGCGAAACGCACAUGUGGUAAACCAGAAAGUCCAGCCCAUGAAGAACCAGACAGACUGUAUCUUGUGGAAAAGUAUAAACACACAUGCGAUCACGCAUUGUUAUUCUUAUUCAUAUAGACGUUAAUUUGAUGUGAUUAGACUUACAGAUUUGCUCCCCCGUUCAGUUGUUUCCUCGUUGGAUUGAGCUGUGUUUUUGCAACCUGUUACAUUUACGGAAUGCAUUCUUAUAUUAGGUUUUUGUAGUGAACCACGAACUAGGAAAACUGUGGUCGGCGAAUUAUACUUUAAACGUAACUAAGUUACUAUUGAAUUACUGUUCACAUUUGCACUAUGAGAUUUGAACUAGCUGUCUAUUACUAAUGUUUUCAUUUACCAUCGCUUUUGUUUGGAUCACAUUUUCAUCGUUCUUUUGCGUGGAGAAGUCUUCGUUUCAAAUACCUAACUUCGAACGGGCUACGGAAUGAAGCGAUUGAGCUGUUUGGAAGGAUACAUCAAAAUUAAUCCAUCUAGUCCUCUUAUUCAACGAUAUUAAUUUUAAAGCUUCAUACCUAGUUCUGCUCAAGCGCAUACUUUCGAAAACAUCCCAUUAGUAUUGCCAAAGAAAUGCUGUAAUUCGAAAGUCCGCUCUUAGUUUCUUCUUUCAAUUUCACUAAAUCUAUCCUAAAUUUUGAUCAACAUUUCAGUCUACAAGAUUUCAUAACUGUUGAUUACAGAAUCAUCGGGUGAACGAUAUUCAACUCUAAUUGCUAAACUCAUUGAUCAGGAAUAAACGAUUAUCACACAUGUUACGUUAACUAGUUGAAGAAAUGCGCAUAAAAUGUCCCAUAAUACAUAGGGAAAAAUCUAGCAUUGAAGGUAUAUACGGUAUAAGAACUACGAGCACUUUUCCAAUUGCAGUUAAGAUUGGAUAGAAAAAACAACCUUGCACUUCGUAACAUUUACUUCAUAACCAAACCAGAUAUUGCAGCUCCGCUAAUCAUUUUUCGAGUGUAUGAAUAAUAAAAAAAAAUAUAAACUAGCACUAGCAAAGGCAUUUGUUAAAACACAACGUGAAGUCUAUAGUUUAAAUGAAAAGCAAAAUAAACAAUACCGCGAUAGACGACCUACGGAACUCCGUGAAAUAAAAUGUAAAAGACUCUAUUAAA